AUGGCUUUCACCGGCAAAUAUGAAGCUACAAGUCAGGAAAAUUAUGAUGAUUUUAUGAAGGUCCUGAAGUAUUCUGCUGAUAUCAUUGAGAAGGGAAGGAAUGCUAAGGUCAUUACAGAGGUCACCCAAAAUGGAAACAAUUUUACCUGGUCUCAAAUUUAUCCUGGAGGAAAAACUAUGAAGAACACGUUUGUCAUUGGACAGGAAUCAGAGAUGGAAACUAUGGAUGGCAAAAAGUUCAAGGCAACAGUCAAAAUGGAAGGAAAUAAACUUGUUUGUGACUUUCCAAACUAUCACCACACUUCAGAGAUCUCAGAAGGAAAUCUUGUUGAGACUUCUACAUGUGGUGGUGUGGUUUACAAGAGAAUUAGCAAGAAGAUCGCCUAA